CGAACAAAGUCAAAAAAUCCAAACUGCUUCCGCUGCUACCGAAGUAGAAACAACGAGAAAUGAAAUAAUCAAGAGUGAAUUUGGUAGAUUAAAAGAUGAAAAUGCCAGUUCUGAUAGGUUAAAUAUUUGUUUAGGAGUAGUAGCAAUUAGUAGUUUAUUAAUUUUGGGUUGA